AUUAUGGACCGUGGAUUUUUUUAAACAACUUAGCUAAGCAACUUAUUUUACAUAAUAUUAACAUAAUAUUUUCUCAGAGGGACUUUUCUGUCCCUUUGGAACAUGCUUAAAAUCCCAUAUAGUUUAUGAAAGUAUAUGCCUAUAUUAUAGGCCUAAAAGAUUUAAACAUUUGAAUAACAUUCUUUUAUAACGACAAAUCUUUAAAGAUUUUUACAUUGAUAUACAUUCUAUUAUAUUUGAUUUAUAAAAUCAAAAUUAACCAACUGCUAGCUAACCUUUUCCCCAAAAGUUAGAAAAAUCAAUUAGCUAUCACAAACAGUGUUAAAAUAAACAAACAAACAAACAAACAAAAAACGCUAUAAUGUAUUAGCCUGUAUUACAAUUCACUUGGCUGAUCAAGGACAUAACCAAAUCUUUAUGACUGUAAAUGUUAUAGUUUGAUGAAACACACUUUGAAGAAGUAGUCAAGCCUUAGCUAAUUGAAGAAUCAACCAUAAAGUAGGCCUAGCCUAUAUGAAAUUGUGUAGUUUUAAGGUAGACCGCAUAAAUAUUUACAGUAUAAAGUGCUGUACUAAUCUACUAUAAUUUACUACAAAUUAAUGUACUACGAGGGAAUGUGCUAUGUUUAGCCCAAUCCUGAGUUUGUAAAUCUAUUAUAUCCCACUUUUCUUUCCCUAUUUUUAUUCUGUGAUAUUAAAAUCGAUUCAGUCCGGUCUACAUGGGCUCUUGGAGAUCAAUAAAAGGAACACUUCUGUGUGAAUGCGCUCACACCCCCAUCCCCGACACACACACACACACACACACACACACAAAAUCAUGGAGAGAGACAGAAAAGGCUCUCUUUCUCACACACACACACACACACGCGCGCGCACUCGCUCUAUUGCACACAUCUUCUGUUGUAGCGCUCACAAGCGCGAAUCCACUGACAAAGUGCGGAUGAAAAUGAGAGGGACACUCGUGUUAGAGUAAACGUGUGUUUUUGAGUUCGACCCUAAACUCUGAACCGAUCACCAUGGGAGCUGUUUGGACUGCACGGCUCCUCUGUUUGUUUUUGCUCUUGUUAAAUACUCGCCAAAGCGCCGCAGUUCCUCACAACACUGAUUCAGAUCAGUGUGCAGACGGAAGCGAUGCCUGUCACAUUGAUGCUAUUUGUCAAAAUACCCCAACUUCAUACAAGUGCACUUGUAAAACAGGAUUUAAAGGGGACGGGAAACAUUGUGAAGACAUUGAUGAAUGUGAUCUGGAAUACAAUGGUGGCUGUGUACACGAAUGUAACAACAUACCCGGCAAUUACCGCUGUACUUGCCUUGAUGGGUUUCAUUUGGCGCAUGAUGGACACAACUGUCUCGAUGUGGAUGAAUGUAUCUUCAACAAUGGUGGCUGUCAGCAUGUAUGUGUCAACACCAUGGGAAGCUAUGAGUGCCGCUGCAAGGAAGGCUUUUUCCUGAGUGACAAUCAACACACAUGCAUCCAUCGCUCCGUGGAAGGCCUGAGCUGUAUGAAUAAAGAACAUGGCUGUGCUCACAUCUGUAAGGAAACACCCAAAGGUGGCGUCGCCUGUGAGUGCCGGCGGUUUGAGUUGGCCAAGAACCAGCGGGGCUGCAUCCUGACCUGUAACCAUGGCAACGGGGGCUGCCAGCACAUCUGUGAGGACACCGAGCAGGGGCCCAUCUGCAGGUGUCACAUCAGGUACACCCUGCACACAGAUGGCAGAACCUGUGUAGAAAGGGAUGAAACGACCCCCACCACCCCUGAUCACAAUGCCACGUCCUUGGCCGAGGUAGACAAACGAGUUAAGCGUCGACUGCUUAUGGAGACAUGUGCGGUGAAUAACGGAGGCUGUGACAGCACCUGUAAGGACACAUCCACAGGUGUACGCUGCAGCUGCCCAGUAGGAUUUACUCUUCAACCUGAUGGCAAAUCCUGCAAAGACAUUGAUGAGUGUGAACUCCAUAAUGGUGGCUGUGACCACUACUGCAGGAACACCAUUGGCAGCUUCGAAUGUAACUGUCGAAAAGGCUUCAAACUGCUGACGGACGAGCGUUCGUGCCAGGAUAUUGACGAGUGCUUUUUUGAGAGAACGUGCGACCACACUUGUGUAAACUCACCUGGUAGUUUCCAGUGUGUUUGCAACAAGGGCUACACUCUUUAUGGGCUUGCCCAUUGUGGAGGUAAGGAUACAAACAGCUAUUUAAAGAUUUUUUUAAAAUUAAAAUUAAAGGUCCAUGAUACUGUUUUAUUGAUUUUGACGAAUCACACAGAAUUAUUACAGAUGAAGUGCAACUAUAUGACUUUUCUUGGUUCCUCCAUUCUCAGACAUAAUGAAUGUAGUUUGAACAAUGGAGGAUGUGAACACACCUGUGGAAACACCAUGGGAAGCUUUGAGUGCCACUGUCAUGCUGGUUACAAGCUGCACUGGAACAAGAAAGACUGUAUCGAAGCAGAGGACUCUGCACUAGUGCCGCCACCUGCCAGGCCCACUCUCAACUGCAGUAAGCAGGGAGGGGGUGAGCUCUGCUACCUGACCUGCCAGUCGCAGGUUCAUAUCAGCAGUGGAGCUGAAGAUUCAUACACGGUGACCUGUGGAAUGCCCCAGCCGUGCCACGCGGGAGGACAGUGGAAAGGGAAUGGGUCAUAUUGCCCAGGUUCUGGAAUCAAAACCAUUGCUACAUUUAAAUCUGGACAGGGGAAGUGCAAUCUGAAGCGGAGUCAGGAAAAUCUUGCACAAAGCUUUAAAACCGCCCUGUCAGAUAAAAGAGCCACCGAGAAUGUCCAGUUCAGCUUUGUUAGCCUGCACUGUGCCUCUUCGAGCAGACAGCAACGUAGUCGCCACGGGCGGAAGGCUGGCGAGGAGGAAGGGUCCUCCAUCACUGCCCAGUUUGAGCUGGAUGUGAACCUGGAGGAGGUAGCAGAGGGCUGUGACCUGGCAUGUGUUCGGCGGCGCUCUGAGAAGCGUCUUAGGAAGACUAUCCGCACUCUUCGGAAGUCCAUUAACCGGGAGCAGUUUCACCUGCACUUCGCUGGAUCGGAGUAUGAGCUGGCUAAGAAACUCGUCCGACCCGCUGACCCACCAGACCACUGCGGCACCGGACAGAUCCUGCUAGACAAGAAAUGUGUCAAAUGCAGCGUUGGCACGUACUAUGAUGGAGAGCAGGGGAGGUGCUUUCUUUGCCCUCCUGGGACGUACCAAGAUGAAGAGGGGCAGGUGUCAUGUGACGUGUGCCCGGGACCCGAGGGCAGGGGAAUCCCAAGAACUGCAGGAGCACGCAACAUUUCAGAGUGUGGAGGUCAGUGCCGUCCUGGUCAGUUCUCCCAUGAUGGUUUUGUGCCCUGUCUGCCCUGCCCACAAGGCACCUAUCAGCCUGAGGUCGGCCGAACUUCCUGUUUCCCAUGUGGAGGAAGCCUCACAACCAAAUAUGAUGGUUCUGUGUCCUUCCAAGACUGUGAGACUAAAGUUCAGUGCUCCCCAGGGCAUUACUAUAAUACCAGCACACACCGUUGCAUCCGUUGCCCCAUUGGAACCUAUCAGAUGGAGUUUGGCCAAAACUACUGCAUUGCCUGCCCUGGAAACACUACUACUGAUUUUGACGGAUCCACAAAUAUUAUGCAGUGCAAAAACAGGCACUGUGGAGGAGAGCUGGGAGAAUUCACCGGUUAUAUCGAAUCCCCCAACUACCCCGGCAACUACCCAGCUAACACCGAGUGCACCUGGACCAUUACUCCUCCUCCCAAGCGCAGAAUCCUUGUUGUGGUACCUGAGAUCUACCUUCCUAUUGAGGACGAGUGUGGGGACUAUUUGGUCAUGCGGAAGAGCUCUCUGCCAAAUUCAGUGACGACUUAUGAGACGUGCCAGACGUAUGAGCGACCCAUCGCCUUCACCUCCCGCUCCAAGAAACUCUGGAUCCAGUUCCGCUCCAAUGAAGGAAACAGUGGAAAAGGCUUCCAAGUGCCAUAUGUAACGUAUGAUGAGGACUACCAGGAGCUCAUUGAGGACAUUGUUAGGGAUGGAAGAUUAUAUGCCUCUGAGAAUCAUCAAGAAAUUCUUAAGGACAAGAAGCUUAUGAAGGCCCUGUUUGAUGUCCUGGCCCAUCCGCAAAACUUCUUCAACUAUACUGCACAAGAGUCUAGAGAAAUGUUUCCAAAAUCAUUUAUCAGAUUUCUCCGCUCCAAAGUUUUGAGAUUCCUACGCCCCUGAAUUUUGUGAACUAAUCUUGUACGGAAUAAAUAUUUGGUGCUCCAGACAAAUGUUAUAUGACUGACCUGGAACAAAUAUUCCUGAAUGUUCUUGGCCGCCUGCGUACGGAUGCGGCUUCAAGACGACUUCUUGGACCUGAUGAGAUGAGAGCUCACAAGAAACUUUCCUAAAUACGUCAUUGGAAUUUUUUUUCUACUGAAGAAAAUGAACUCUUUUUCCAGUGAAUGGAUUUAUUGCUGCCCUUCUAACAAUUCUAACAUGAACUGCCACCUUUCAAGAAAAUGAUUCUUCCUGUUUCAUUCCUUUAUUGCCCAGAAAUGACUGUGUUACAAAGACAUGUUAAUUACAGCCAGAAUUAUAGUCAGAAAAAAAGAAGAGCAGCUAGAUUGCUUGUUAUAUAUUAUAGGUCAUUUCACAAAAAUUGCCUUUUUUUUUUUUUUUUGUGAAAAUAUGUUUGACCAGCUUAUUUUGAAACUUCAGAGAACUACUAAGAAUUUAGUGGAUGUUAAAGUCGUUUUUGCAAGUUUGAAUGUGUUGUACAUUAUGUAAAGACAAAUUAGCCUCAGCUCUCAUGUUACUAUAUUGUAUUCUUUUUUUGCAUUGUAGCCUUCUUCAUACAUGACAUAUAUGUAUUCUUCAUUUGUUUCCAGUAAGAAACUGUAGAUGUACACAAUAUUUUCAGGGGUACUGGUUAGACAUUAUGGUCAUUUGAUAUAUCACUUCUCAGUUUCUCUGCAUACACACAUCCAUCACCUAAACUGAUUUUUGGAUUAAGAGGCUCUUGAUGUAGGAUUGAUUACUCAUUGAUGACAUGCAGAGUAAAUUAAAUGUUUAUAUUUUUAUGGUUGUACAUCAAACAUGUAAAUAAAGAAAU